GAGUGAAGCUGACGCCCACCAUGAACUACCAGACGUCAUCUGCGCGGAGUCGCGGACCCACCGCAGCUGCAGGAUACAGACUGGUUGGCCUCCUAACAAUUGUCUUUGGUCAACAAGAGCCCCUUAGCUAAAUGAGUACCCAAGGGGACACUAGCAACAACUACAUCAAUGGGUGCACCAACAGAUGAGAUCAACAGAAGUCAACUUCUGACUAAGGAAGUUUGUCCAAGACAUAUAAAGCCAUACAGAGCAAAUUCUCUUGAUAAUGCCUCUGACUUAAUGGGAGGUCCCCUUUCAAAAGGAGUAGCUGAGUCUGACGGUGUUCUGUCUGAGCCCUGAGCCUCGGGCAUCCAGCCAUGGACACCACUCCGGUGAUGAGGCGCGGCCGGACCAAGCUGUCGCGGCGGGACCGCGGCCUAUGCAGUCCCAGUCCGAUGGCCGUGUGCGCGGCGUCCUCCAGCUCGGCGUACGGCACCCCGCUGCGCGCGCCGCCGACAGACUCGUGCUGGGACUCGCCCGUGUCCCCUUUCAGUCCUCCGCCGCUCUCACAGACGUGCGAGGUGUACUGGGAGGACGAGACACAGCGGCGGACUAUAGAGGAGAUGCGCCGCAGCGCCGGCCGUCCCGCCGACCGCGUGCCGCCGCUACCGCCGCCGCUGGUGGCCUCCCCGGCGCCGCUGCUGCCCGCCAGCCGGCGGCGGCCCGCCCGAGCCACACGGCAACAGCAGCAGCAGCUGAUGGCCCUGCUCGAGCGGGCCGAAACGCUGUGCACACAGUCAAACACACCUAACACGCCUACCAGAACAACGGAGCCGGAGCGUGAACCGCAGCCGGAGCCGGAGUGUGAGCCGGGGCCGGAGCAGCCUCCGCCGCCGUCGGAGCCGGAGGCCGACAGCGGGGCGCCGCCAGAGAUCGAGUCCGACCCCGAGCUAGACCGGUCUAUGCUGCGCUGCACCCAGCUGGCCGAGAUGGCCGCUACCGAGUCGCCGGUGCGUCGCGGCAGGUCCUUCAACGCGUUCGUCAUGGAAGCCAUGCCGGACGACGAGGACGAGAUUUUCAGUCAGAUUCCGGUCGAGGCCCUGGACGGAGCCGGAGAGCCUUCGGCGUCGUCCAGCGGCGCGAGCAGUGGCUCCAGCGUGCCGCGGCCGGCCGGCCGAGGUCUGCCGAGGACGGUGUCGGCACCUGACCACCGGCCGCCUGGAGAGACCGGAGGGAGAUGGACGGCACAGCCGGGCCGGCUGUCCUCUUCACAGACGUCGCCGUCAUCAGCAACAGCGAAGGUAGCGCCGCCGAGGACUCGCAUGUACGGCGCUCAGGCAGCUGUCAGGGGUACCUGCGCUCCAGCGGCUCCCACCACGACCAAUGCAGCUGCAAAGAGCGCAUCCACUGGCACACAGCGCGCUGCAACAAAACCACCAGCGGCAGCUGCGCCGCUCGACCCGGCUCGACAGAAGGCUGAGAUGAACCGGCGCCGUGCGGAGGCGCUGAGGCGACUGCGACAGAACCAGCGCUCUCGGUCCCUCGCCGUGAAGGGACAGACGCGGUAGCUGUCUGUGCGCGACGAAAGUGCCACUUGAGGUUUGUGAAUUGUGAUUCAGGAUUCCUUGCUCGUGCUGAUGUGUGUAAGUGCCGCAGCGGACUCGAAAGACAUGUGGCGUGACGCUCAAUUGACGGGCUGUUGUUAUUGUGAAAUCCAAGAAUCUUGGGCGAAUGGCAUUGCCUUGUGAAUGUCUGUCACUACAUUUGAUAGCAUACUAGUGAAACGUCUUGAAGAGCACUCCGGCGUUUACUAAGGAAGGAAAAUGCCGAAUGUUGAUUGACAGCAUUGUGUAUAUUUGUAUUGUGCAAUGGGAUUUUUCAAGUCCAGAGAACGCAUGGGGUGGGGCUGUGAACCCAGUGGGGGGCUGCCAAGAGACGGUAAAUGUUCUUUGCGAGCUAUUAUUAAGGAGCAUUCCAAGCAUCGUAAUACACUUUUAAUAGUAAU